AACUCCCACUCAACUAAGAACCAAUUCAGACAUAAACUCUCCCUCUUUCCUACAACUUCUUCUCUUUCAACUUCUUUUGCUAGCAUUAACCAUGGUGAUGCUCAAGAGCCUUUCAGCAUCCAUGAAUGCGAAAAUCUCCGGUACCGGAGACGAAAUUAUUGUUCUUGGACAUGGUUUUGGUGCAAAUCAAUAUCUUUGGGAAAAAAUAGUUCCAUCCCUAGAACAAAAACAUCAAGUUGUUUUGUUUGAUUGGAAUUUUUCUGGUAAUUUUAAUGAUAAAGUUCAAAGUAAUAAUAGUUUUGAUGCUAUUAAGUAUGAUUCUUUAUAUGCUUUUGCUGAUGAUUUGUUGAGUUUGAUGGAUGAAAUGAAUAUAAAAUCAUGUGUUUUUGUUGGACAUUCUAUGUCUGGUAUGAUUGGCUGCAUUGCUUCCAUUAAGAAGCCUCAACUUUUUAAGAAGCUUAUUCUCAUUGGAGCAUCUCCUAGGUACAUAAACACAGAAGAUUAUGAAGGAGGGUUUGAUGAAGCAGAAAUUAAGCAAAUCCUAACAACAAUAGAGUCGAAUUUCGAGCAAUGGGUUACAGCUUUUGCUCCAAUAGCAGUAGGAGGAGAUCCCAUUACAAGUGAAAUAUUUGAGAACACAAUAAAGAAAAUGAGACCAGAAGUAGCCCUAGCUGUUGCUAAGAUUAUAUUCUUGGGUGAUUAUAGGAAUGUUCUUGAGAAAGUUGAAACACCAUGCACAAUCAUAAACACAAUCAAUGAUGUGGUUGCUCCUUCAUUUGUGCCUCAUUACAUGCAGAAGAAGAUGGUUAAUGCUAAAACACGAGUCGAAUUUAUGGAUGUUAAUGGACAUUUCCCUCAUUUGACUGCCCAUGAUAAGCUCCUUAAUUUGCUUAGCAAGGUGCUCGAUUCUUAAUUAUUAAAUAAUUAACACCGUGUUUGGUUAGAGAUAAAUAAAAGAAAAAAAAAACAAGAGGGAUUUGAAAGGAUGGGA